UUCUCUCUCUCUCUCUCUCUCUCUCUCUUUCCUUUCCGUUCCAUUCGAUUUGGAAAUUACAUAUAUCUAUUCGAUGCCUUCCACUUCGUUCAUCUCUCCAACCCUUCUAAAGUGCGUUACCUCAUCUCCCAAUCUUCUCAUUUAUGCCAACAAUCCAAGGCAUCUUCGAUUAGUGCCUCGCUUUGCGGAUCCUAACUAUUUCUCCUCCUCUUCAACGAUUUGCACUUGUUUUUUUGGCACUGCUUCUCUUGGGAUUGGGAUCAAGGGGCAACGAGGAGCAAGCAGGGUUGCGCGAUUCGCGGCGUUGAUGGGGCUCCGAUCUGCGCGUGCGCCAUAUGCGGCCGCGGCUGUCGCGGGGGAUGGGCCCCCUUCAGUCGGACCCGGGAAGUGGGAGGCCACGGGGAGGAGCGGCACAAUGGGUUCGCCGCCGGAGGUGGAGGGGAUUGAUGGCGGGUUUAGGAAAGAGGGCAAGGAGGAGGGUAAGGAGAACAGGCUGCUCACCUUGCCAACACUGCUCACGCUUGGCCGGGUCGCUGCUGUUCCGCUUCUCAUCGGCACAUUUUACAUGGAUGGCCGGUGGGCAACAACUGUGACCACAAGCAUCUUUGUUGGUGCAGCAAUCACAGAUUGGCUUGAUGGUUAUCUUGCUCGAAAGAUGCAACUUGGAACAGCUUUUGGGGCAUUUCUUGAUCCUGUAGCUGAUAAGUUAAUGGUUGCUGCCGCAUUAGUAUUAUUGUGCACCAAACCUCAUCAUACUGGUAUGAAUGGAGAUGUAUCAUGGCUUUUGACGGUGCCUUCAAUUGCAAUCAUUGGUAGAGAGAUAACCAUGUCAGCAGUAAGAGAAUGGGCAGCAUCUCAGAAUACUAAAGUGCUCGAGGCUGUGGCUGUAAACAAUUUGGGAAAGUGGAAAACUGCAACACAAAUGGUGGCAAUAACAAUUCUCCUUGGUACCAGAGAUCCCAGUUUAGCAGCACCUGGACUAUUAAUUGGUUCUGGUGUGACACUGCUGUAUAUUUCGGCCGGCCUCGCCAUCUGGUCAUUAGCAGUUUACAUGAAGAAAAUAUGGAGAGUCUUGUUGAAGUAGUGGCAGAGUAGGCAAGCUCAAAACUAAACUCAAAACCUACAUCACAUUAUCAGCGUUAUAUGUAGAUUGAUCGAAAUUUUUUCUUCAGUUUAUGAUUCAUCAAGCAAUGGAACAAGCAGCAUCUCCACCUUUUGUGAUU